GACGACCCACUGACUACUGAACAAAGCGCAGGAAUAAAACUGAACGAAUUUACAAACGCGCCUGAUGAGCUGUCGAAAGCACAGGUCGGAUGUUAUAUGCCGGCCACCGUAGUACAGUCUACUUUAUGAAGAAGUAAACAUUAUCUAGCUAACUGGCUAAACCGUGUAAACAUAAGUACUUGCAAAAAAAAGCACGUCGCAACGCUUACGUGUUUCUGUUAUGUAGGACUUUACCUGCUCAUCUGUGACAGUACAUCAAAGAUAUGGAUGAGGUGUGUUUCCAUCUGCCUGGCCAUGGCGAUGCUGCUCUGAGAAGCAUGAACUCCCUGCGUGAGCAGCUGCACUUCUGUGACAUCACCAUCACGGCGGGGGGGAGGCAGAUGUUUCGGGGACAUAAAGUGGUGCUGGCUGCCUGCUCCGCCUUUCUCAGGGACCAGUUUCUGCUGAACCCGUCUGCAGAGUUACAGCAGGUGUCGGUGUUGCACAGCUCAACAGUCAUACGUGACCUCCUGCAGUCCUGUUACACAGGCAUCUUACAGUUUAGUGCCAAAGAGAUUGUAAAUUACCUGACUGCAGCGAGCUACCUCCAAAUGGAACAUGUGGUGGAGAAAUGCAGGGGAGCGCUUAGCAACUAUCUGCAGCCCAGGAACCACAAUCCAGUAGGAACUUUGAAAAUGGAGGACUCCCAGUCAAUGCCAGUGAUUGUAAGUGGAAGCGCACAUAGUCUUGAGUCUGUGUCACCCCCUUCUGACCAUACAUCAUCACUGCAGCCUCACAGCUCCGAGGAGGAGGCCCUAGUGUCUGGUGAUGAACGUCCCAUUACCCAGCAGAGAGAUGAUGGUGAUUUAUCCAUACAACAGGUUAGAGAAUCAGAAUGCUCCGGAUAUAUUCAGGAGGAAGAAGCGAGGAAUGAUUUUACUGUGUUUCAGGUACAUGUAAAGGACGACCACCAAGACCCAGAAGAUAACGCUGGUGUCCUGGAGGAGGCCAGAGAGACAGUGGAGCUGUUAGACACACAGGUGGAGGAGCUGAUCAGGGAGGAAGACGGGGCAGCAGGUAGCAGCCACAGGGGCGGGCCACGUCCAUUGAGGCGGAGACACGGGGAGCCUAAGGGUGGUCGGGGGCGGGGCUUCAAGCACAGGAAGCGCUACACCUUCCGCGAGCGACGGCCUCUGGGUAAUUUCCAGCAAGCUUGGCGCUUUCCCACCUCUGACGAGAUCAUAGGUAACUUCGCCGCGGACAUCGGGCCGGACUACCUGUCAGCUCCGGCUCUUGCUGACGGCACCCUGCGGGCAGAGUACCGGGCUGGUGAAGGCCAGGGGACUGCACCAGGCUCGGACUGUGCCCCAGCCCACUUCAGCCUGGACACCUCCGGCGCUGUGGACGAAAUGGGGGUGGUGGCAGUGCCCACGGAGGAGGAGGCCCACGGGGACGACUCUGUGGCGGUGGUGGGCUCGACGUCGUGCGUGACGGGCACAGUGGCAUGCGAGCACUGCGGCCUGGCGUUCUCGUCGGUGCAGGCGUUGGCUGUGCACUCGCGUUCCACCCACCUGCUGUACGUGUGCCCGUGCUGCGGAAAGCACUUCAGCCACUCCAGCAACCUGAGCCGCCACAUGGCCGUGCACCGCGCCACCAAGCUGCACAGCUGCCCGCUGUGCCACAAGACGUUCACACAGAAGUCCACGCUGUGCGACCACAUGAACAUGCACAGCGGCGCACGGCCACACGUCUGUGCCUUCUGCCACGUGUGCUUCGCCCACAAGCCCGCGCUGCGCCGCCACCUGAAAGAGCAGCAUGGGAAGACAACCGCCCAAAACUACCUGGAGAUCCAGCGGGAGAAUGGGGGGGUGGUCACGGGUGGAGGUGUUUAAGAUGGCCGAGGCUUGUCUGAAGGUAAUCUAAAGUAGCCUUAGACAAGGAUGGGUAGGUGGAGCUCAUUACAGAGGCCUCAUGAGUCUCUAAGGGUGUUUUCACACUUGUCCUGGAUAUUUGCGUCCACACCCAGGACCGAUUCUGGGCUUGUUUGGGGGAGGGGCCCAUUAUCACUGGUUUGCUUUCACAGCAUUCUGUUGGAACUGUGGGUCAAUUGCACAAUUCAAUUUAUCACUUAUCUGCACCCUGGUUUGCAAAAUCUGAGUCAGUAGGUUCAUCCAUUUGCUGCUUUUUAAAAAUUGAUUUUCUUUGGAUACCCUCAAGCUGUGAGGAACAGCACUUUGUUAGACACAUGGCACUUCACCAUGUACUGUGAAACUUGAAAAGGGAAGUGAUGCGAUAAGCUGAAACAGUUACACUAUAAAAGGUACCAAUCACACAACCUCACGUGGCACCAGGACUGGGUAGCUUCCACACAUGCAGUAGACCACACCAGACUUCACUUGAGGCCAACCCUAGGCCAUUGAUUGGAGCACGACCAGCAAUCAAUUCUCUAUACCAUUCCUGGGUUCGAAAACAGCUUUCACACUUGACCAAAUAAAAAGCAAGCAGUCCUGGCUCUGGGCAAACAAACUCAAGUGUGAAAACCCCCUAAGACUGUUGAGGCUUAAGUACCAGAUCCUGACUGGGGUGCUUAGGCCAUUCUGCUUACACACUGCUCCCUGAUGGCCAAUGACUCUUUUCAUUUCAUUUCAAGGCAUACAGUGAGUCUCAUGAAAAGAGUUGCACAUGUAACAGUGUUGCAGUAAUUAUAUAUUGAUAACUAGGGCUUGGUAUAAUUCAAUUCAUUUUUAGAUAUGAGGAGAAAGUGGUUUUAUUGUACUAGAACCAAAUUAUCUUGUGCACUCUGGCUUGUUAUUCCGAUUCUCUGUUCAGCAUCAAGUUAAUUAUUUUUCAAAGGAAAUUGAUUUGUUUAAUAUGGAGAUGACUGAUCCAAACUGAUGGAAAGCUGAAGUUUCUAUACUGGCCAUCAUAGUACAGAAAUGUUAGCUAACUAUCGUUCAGACAGUAUGCUUACAAAUUAAUUGUUUAGCUUCCAAACUGUGUGACUUGUGUGUUUGUUUGUUUUAAUGAUAAUGUAGCUGGUUAGCUAGCUAGUUUGUUUUGGGGUUUUUUUACUGCAAUUGCCAGUACAUGUUAAGCUCCCAAACUUUCCUGAUUGUGGUGACUUCAAAACAAACUGCUUCAUGUUUGGGACAAGCCUAAGAUUGACACCACGAGUAUUUCACCUUCAGGGACAAUAAAUCAUAACCAUAGGCUGUUCUGGAUUCAUUUUUUUGCAUUGUAUAAAAUGUAAAACAAAAAAUAAUAUGACCCGUGUUUCAGGUCAGAAUUUGUGUAAGUUCAGAAUGAUCAAGGCCCAUCCUUGUCCCACCCCAGGCCACAGGAUAAUGGGGAAAAAAAAAUCACUGGCAGAGUGAGGGUGUCCACAGUGAUGGUUAAUACUCAUGUAUGGACAGCAAUUUAAGCCUAAAUGAAGCCCACAUGCUGCCAGGAUCUGGCCAAGGUGAGAUUGGUGGUGAAUUAGUGACUCAUUGGUCAUUCUCAUUAUUUACAAGAAGUUGGUUACAGACUGAAUAUCUGUGCCUCAUUUAAUGUGUAAGAAAUCACUGUGCUGACAGACUAGUGUGAGAAAAUCAAAGACAAGAACAGAACCUGUCAGUUUCAUUAAUGUCUGUCUGGUUUCAUCAUUUAUCCUACUUGGCAGGUCAAUUAACCAGUUAAUAAUAUUGUAAUUAUGGAUUCUUGUUACAUACUUUUAGAUCACUGUGUUUCAAGUGUUUCUGUGUUAGAUAAAGCAUGUUCUGACCUUUGAUGCAUUAAAAAUACACCAUUUCAACAGA